AUGAUGGAUCUUUGCCUCGUUCUCGCCAUUGCUCUGGUAUUGAUCAUGGUUGCACCCAUCAACAGCAUCCCUAGUAGCCUCCUGACUCCUGGUACUCAAGAACUGUGUGCAACGCUUCAGUUGGAUUUCGACGAAAACAAGGAUACAUGCCAAGGUAAUCAUCCCAAAACGGUGCAAAUCACCUGUCGUCCACAAUGCUUUCAUAUGCGAAGCACUUCGGCCAACAACACAAACUGUACGGCAGAAUACUUUCAUCAAUCUGUGUUUUCCAAUGGACGCUGCAAGGGCACUCCUGAAGAACAUUUUUAUCGCAAGGGGGCUUGUACCCGUGGUGUUCAAUUUGUCUCUUGUGAAGUGGGACCUUGUCCCGAUUCACAAGGAGAGGAUGACGGUGCCUUGUUUUGGCUGGAUCAAUGA